GUUGCGUUCUUUAUCAAUAAAAGACGCCAGCAUGGAUUUUGCCAGCGUGCUGAACAAGCCACACCAGCGCACUAUUAUACACCUGGAUAUGGACUGCUUCUAUGCCCAGGUGGAAGAGAUACGUGAUCCAACGCUGCGCACACGCCCACUGGCUGUGCAACAGAAGAACUUUGUGGUCACCUGCAACUAUGUGGCACGAGCACGCGGAGUUACUAAACUAAUGCUAGUGAAAGAAGCUCAAAUUUUGUGUGAGGAUCUGGUGUUAGUCAAUGGCGAAGACCUGGCGCCGUAUCGCCUAAUGUCACAGAAAAUCUUCGAUUUGCUACUCAACUAUACGCCCGAUGUGGAGAAGCUGGGAUUUGAUGAGAACUAUAUGGAUGUAACGGCCUUGGUGGACUUGCGGCAGGCGCAUGUAGCUGAGGCUCAGCGCAAGCCUGCAAUCGGGCAUAUUUAUCCAGCGGAUGGCACAGCCCUAACCGACUGCAGUUGUGGCUGCGCCCAGCGCCUGGCCAUUGGCAGUCGCAUUGCCAAAGAGAUUCGCGAUGAAUUGCAUCUGCGUCUAGGCAUCACUUGCUGUGCAGGCAUAUCGUACAACAAGCUAUUGGCCAAGCUGGUGGGCAGCUGCCAUAAGCCCAAUCAGCAAACAGUGUUGGUGUCCACGUAUGCGGAACAGUUCAUGCGCCACUUAAAUGACAUAAAUAGAAUUACGGGCAUUGGCCAGAAGACGCAUACGCUGCUGUUGGAGGCAGGCAUAGCCAGCGUGGAGCAACUGCAGCAGUGUGAUAUGGAGUUUAUGCGUAAAAAGUUUGGUUUCGAGACCGCCACCAAGCUGCGUGACUUGGCAUUGGGUAGAGAUACAAGCACAGUGCGUGCCACGGGCAAACCCAAGACAAUUAGCGUGGAGGAUGCUUGCAAGACUAUAUCGGUGCAUACAGACGUCACGGAAAAGUUUCGACUGCUGCUAAAGCGGCUAAUGGAGCAGGUCGCAGAAGAUGGUCGCAUACCCAUUGCCAUCAAGGUGGUCCUGCGUAAAUUCGACUCGCAGAAGAAGAGCAGCCAUCGCGAGACCAAGCAGGCCAAUAUAUUACCAUCCUUAUUCAAGACCUCGGAAUGUGCGGGCGAAACUGGCGUCUGUCGAGUGCAGCUGGCAGAUGGUGCCUUGGACAAGCUACUCAAGAUCAUAAUGCGACUGUUUGAGCGCAUUGUGGAUCUUAACAAACCCUUCAACAUAACGCUAAUUGGCCUGGCGUUUUCCAAGUUUCAGGAACGCAAAGUAGGCUCCUCAUCCAUAGCAAACUUCUUGAUCAAAAAAGCCGACUUGGAAGUGCAGUCUAUAACAUCGCUAACCAACACAAGUCUCAACAGCAGUAGCACACUAGAUAGCAGUCCACCCUUGCUUGGCAGCGAUGAGGCCGCAUUUCGUUCCUCACCCACCACGUUCAAGCCCAGUGAUCAGUUUUAUAGACGUCGCGCUACAACAGCGUCGCCAGUGCCUAUGCUAACAGACAAUGGCUCCGAGUCAGCUGCCACCAAUUCGGAUUUCAGUGACUUUUCGGAAAAUGAAGUGGAGCCAUCGCCUAAGAAAAGUCGCAUUGGGCGUGUACUAGUGCCAAAACGCAGUCGCUUGGCUGUAGAUGUAGGCGAUGCCUCGGCGGAUGUCGCGUCACCCAGCAAACUGCGUGUCUGUGAUUUGCGUUUGAAUUCACGUGACAGCGAAAAGGAUUUUCCCAUGAGUCCCAUAGCAUCAACAUCUGGUGCAGCUGCGGCGCCUCGCUUUCGCACCAUACAGCCGCCAAAUACGCUGCUCCAGCGUCUUGAUGGUAAUCUGCGUUUUCUACACACCCGUACCGCCAGCCGCUUGAGCUCCAAUGCCAGCUCGACAGCCUCGUCCCCGCUCCCCUCGCCCAUGGAUGAUACAGUCAGUGCGCCCAGCACACCAACAAUGGCACCCAAGCUGACGCCCGACGCAGAAGCAGCUACAGGUGAUACGCUAGCGCAUAUUGCUUGCCCCGCUGGCGUUGAUGCGGAAGUCUUUAAGGAGCUGCCUGCAGAAUUGCAGAACGAGUUGAUUGCCUCGUGGCGAAGUUCGUUGGUUGUGGCCGCUGCAAAUGCUGUGGAACAGGCAACCACUAGCAGUGGCGCAAGCGGCGGCAGCACAAACACGGCGAGUAGCACACAGAAAAAUACUUUGUAUCGUUAUUUCCUGAGGAACAAGUGAUGUUGUUGCGUUCAACGCAGCUUCAUUUAGAAUUAGCACGCAUAAAUCUUUUUAUAAUUAUAUAUAUAUACUAUAUUUUUGUA